AUGACCACAAAUUUGGGGUCGGCGCUGGAACACGCCGGCGGCAGUGGCAAGGAUAAGGAGGGUAUCUCCAUUGGAACUUUCGUUGCUUCCCUAACCACUGCCAUCGUUGUCUUUGCUGUGGAAUUCCUCCUCUUUAUUCUACUCAAGGGAAAGCUCACUCGUAUCUAUCAACCAAGAACCUACCUAGUCUCAGACAGGGAACGUACGCAACCAUCGCCGCCGGGAUUCUUUCGAUGGAUCGUCCCCGUGUUUCGCACUUCCAGCACUGAGUUCAUACAAAAAUGUGGCCUCGACGCUUACUUCUUUCUCCGCUACCUGCGCAUGCUUCUCAAGAUCUUUAUCCCCCUAGGAUGUCUAAUUCUGCCAGUUCUUUUGCCUUUGAAUAAAGUUGGCGGCAAGGACACGAGCUACAAAAAUGGUACAGCAGCGGAUGGCCAAUGGAACGUCACUGGUCUGGAUCAGCUUGCCUGGGGCAACGUCAAACCUGAGCAUACAUCACGCUACUGGGGCCAUCUGGUCAUGGCUGUCAUCGCCAUCUUUUAUGUCUGCGCCGUGUUCUUUGACGAGCUCAGAGGGUAUAUCCGUCUCCGGCAGGCCUACUUGACGUCCCCCCAACAUCGACUGCGAGCGUCCGCGACAACUGUUCUAGUUACAGCCAUCCCCGAAAGCUGGCUUUCUGUAGAGGCCCUCGAAUCACUGUUUGAUGUCUUCCCGGGAGGAAUUCGAAACAUCUGGAUUAACCGCAAUUUUGACGAUCUCAACGAAAAGGUGAAGCAGCGCGAUGAGCUGGCUCUGAAACUUGAGGCUGCUGAGACCGACCUAAUUAUCAAGUGCAAAAAGGCUCAGCUGAAGCAAGCGAGAGCUGAAGCCAAGAAAGCCGGAAAGAACCCAAACACAGCGGAGACAAAAGAGAAGAAAGACGCCGACAGGAAGGCUUCAGUGCUGGCGCUUGAUGGGGGUGUCAGCUCCGGCAAUCCCCACCAAGCUCGCACUCUCGACCAGAUCCUGCAUCGUACCAAAUCGAAGAAGAAGCCGGAACAGCCAGGGCCAAAGAAACGACUAAACCCGUUGGACCCUGCCGUCGAGGCAGCAGAGGCAGUCGGUCAGGGCAUGGGAAAGCUGGGAAAAUCUGUGAUUGGGGGGUUCAAGAAAGUCGAGCAUGGACUGGACGGAACGUUGGCCCGAUCAGGUGGAUUUGUGCCGGGCGACGCUAUGGUCAUUCCUCCUCACCAUUCAGAACCUGAAACUAAUGAAGCCAACGACGCCAAUGAUGGGGAGCCCCAGGUUUGGUCGACAGAUCCCCGCGAUCAUGCCGAGCUCACCCCGGAGGCUAGUGCAUCAGAAGCGCGACCGGCGUCUAGACCGAAAAGGCCGUUUUGGAAAAGCCAAUUGUCCAAGGAUUCGAAGACGAGCAGUGAGCCUGAUGAACUGCCCCUCACGGCCCCAGAGUCUCCUGUGGAACACGAGGAUGUAGAGGCCUCUGGCUCUGAAAGCGGCAAUUCAAUCAAAGAAAAGAUCCCCUCCGACAAUCCAAGAGGAUUCAAGGAGGGCGACCGGGUACAGGGUGAGGAGUAUCCCAUUGCUUACAAUGAAGGCUUCGACAACGAGGAUUUCGGAGAACCGCUAUGGCAGAAAUACAUCAGACCCAAAGAUCGCGAUACGAUGCGACUACCGAUUUUCGGCCUCAGUUGGAUGCCAUCUUUGUGGCUCAUCGGCAAGAAGGUCGACACCAUCGACUAUUGUCGCAAGGAGUUGGCGCGCCUGAACCUGGAGAUUGAAAUUGACCAGCAGAAUCCGGAGAAGUUUCCCCAUAUGAAUUCAGCAUUUAUCCAGUUCAACCACCAAGUCGCCGCACAUAUGGCUUGUCAGGCCGUCAGUCACCACGUUCCCAAGCAGAUGGCGCCUCGUCUCGUCGAGAUCUCACCAGACGACGUCAUCUGGGACAACAUGUCGAUCAAAUGGUGGGAGCGUUAUCUGCGUACGUUUGGCAUUAUCGCCGUUGUCUGUGGGAUGGUGAUAGGCUGGGCAAUUCCCGUGGCGUUCACUGGUCUGCUUUCUCAGCUGUCAUACCUGGAAGCUGCGUUUACUUGGCUAUCCUGGCUUUCUACAUUGCCCGGAUGGUUUAUCUCUGCCAUCCAGGGUGUGUUGCCUGCACUUUUCCUCGCUAUCCUAAUGGCUAUCCUACCCCUAAUCCUUCGCUUUCUUAGUCGAACACAAGGUCUCUCCACGGGUAUGGCCGUCGAGCUGACCGUUCAAAACUAUUACUUUGCAUUCCUGUUCGUGCAACUGUUCCUUGUUGUUACCAUCUCGUCCAGUUUUUCGACCAUCAUCAGCAACGUGACCGACGUUACCAGCUGGCCUGAACUUCUGGCGCAGAAUAUUCCCUCGUCUAGCAACUACUUCUUCUCGUACAUGAUUCUUCAGGCGAUGUCAGUGAGUGCUGGAGCUUUGGUCCAGAUCGUCAACCUGGUGAGCUGGUUCAUUCUCGCACCGAUUCUGGACAAGACCGCGCGGAAGAAAUGGGGCCGCACAACCAACCUAAAUCAGAUGCAAUGGGGUACAUUCUUUCCGGUGUAUACCACGCUUGCGUCCAUUGGGUUGAUCUACUGUGUCAUUGCACCUCUUAUCCUGAUCUUCAACGUGAUCACGUUCAGUCUCUUCUGGUUCGUCUACCGGUAUAAUACGCUUUACGUGACCAAAUUCCGCUUCGAUACGGGUGGACUGCUUUUCCCUCGAGCCAUCAAUCAGCUGUUCACCGGUCUAUAUGUCAUGGAGCUCAGUCUGAUCGGACUGUUCUUCUUGGUCCGGGACACGCAGGGCGAAGUUGCUUGUGAAGGACAGGCGAUCAUCAUGAUCAUUGUCCUCAUCCUGACUGCCGGCUAUCAGAUCCUCUUGAAUGACGCGUUUGGGCCUCUGUUCCGUUACCUGCCCAUCACGCUGGAGGACGAUGCGGUGCGCCGUGAUGAGGAAUUCGCUCGGGCCCAGAGAACCCGCUUAGGUCUCCCUAAUGAGGAGGAAGAGGAUCCGAAUGACACUAUCGAGCACCAGCUGGCUGAGCGUGAACAUCGUCAGCAUCAGAUUGACCGAAUGUCGCACGAUAUCGAGCUAAAGACGCUUGAGUCUUCCUCCCCCGAGCGGCAAAAUCACCACACCAUGCAUAGGCCGCAUCUCGGACCGCAGCGUCGAUCCUGGGCUGAACGAUCACCAAACCGGCGGUCACCAUACUACAAGGCCCACUCCAAUACUCAAGUACCCAGUGUCCAGCGUCUGCGCGACAGGAUCGCACAAGACGCCGAGGCCCAAGGCCCUCCUUCGCGCAACGUUGGGACCACGCUCUUUUCCGGCAUCCACGAUGAAUUGGAGGACUUGACACCCGACGAACGUGAUCAGCUCGUUCAACGUGCCUUUCAACAUGACGCAUUGCGUGCCAAGCGACCAGUGAUCUGGAUCCCUCGCGACGAUCUUGGGGUCAGUGACGACGAGGUGUACCGCACGCAGCGGUUCAGCAAGCACAUCUGGAUCAGUAACGAGUAUCAGGCGCUGGAUGGGAAAUGCCACACGAUCUUCAGCCGCAGUCCGCCCGACUUUUCCGAGGUAGACCUCAUCCAGUUAUAA